UUUUUUUUUCACAAGUUCUCUUUAUCAUUUUCAGGUCUCCAUGAGACACACAGAGGUGGUGUGUCUGAAUCCACAAAAACUCUAGAGGAUCAGGCUUCUCCUGGAGAUCCACACACCAGAGCUGUGAGCUUUGAGACACGAUACACAGAGCUGAUGGUCAUCAAACAGUUCAAAAGAACCUACAGUGAGAGGCACCAUGAACUUGAGAAGAUGGGGAGAACUCAUGCAGAGCUGAUAGAGGAGCGGACAAAAGAGAAAUGUGAGCGAAUCUGGACUGAGCAGCUUUUUAGGAGGAGUCCAGGAAGUGAGACAGACCCUCACAUUGUAGUGGUCAGUGGAGUGGCUGGAAUUGGGAAGACCACCAUGGUCCAGAAGAUCAUGUUUGACUGGGCCAGAGGCACUCAGUACCAGAGGUUUGCUUUUGUGUUUCUGUUUAAAUUCAGGGAGCUCAACCUACUAGACAUGGAGACAGAACCACAGAUGCCUCUGACCAGGCUGAUUGAAAGACACUAUAAAUAUCUCAAUGAUGCGAGACUGAGGGAAAUCCUUCAGAAACCCGAAUCUCUGCUCUUUAUAUUUGAUGGACUGGAUGAGUACAAACACAAACUGGACUUCAAACCAAGAAACAUCCCAUCAGACCCAGUUGAGAGCUUCCCUGUCCACAUCUUGGUCUCCAAUCUAAUCAGAGGGACAUUACUGAAGGGCUGUACAGUCCUGAUAACAACCAGACCAACAGCCCUGGAGUCCCUGAACAUGGAGAGAGUUGAUCAAUUUGCAGAGAUCCUGGGGUUCUUCUCUGAACAAAGGCUGAUGUACUUUAAGAAGUUCUUUGGUGAUGCUGAUCAGGGCUCUGGGGCUUUUCAGUAUGUAGAGGAGAACGCCAUCCUGUACACCAUGUGCUUCAACCCAUCAUACUGCUGGAUUAUUUGCUCUGUGCUGAAGAGCCACUUCAUGACACCUGAAGAAGAGCGAGGAGCUGCCCCCAGAACUGUCACUGAGCUGUUUGUGAUGUUCCUUCACAACAUUCUCACCAAUCACAAGCGAGAAGACAAGGACCAGCGGGGGAUUCUGGUCAACCUGGGUAAGAUUGCUUAUUAUGGGGUGGCUAACAGAACUCUUGUGUUUUACGAUAAGUUUGAGAUGUCCACCUUUGGUCUCCAGCCAGUCCUGUCCUCUCCAUUCCUCUCAGGUUUCCUCAAAGAAAUCCUUCAGAGAGAAAGCACUCUGGAGCACACGACGUACACAUUCUACCACCUCACCCUGCAGGAGUUCAUGGCCGCCUGCUCCUUCUACCUCGAUCCAUCAGGGGGCAUCGAGGAGCUGCUUGAGAAGUUGGAGUCGUGUGAAGAUGGCCGGUUUGAGAUUCUCACUCGAUUCCUGGCAGGACUGGCCAGAUAUUCUGUAUUUAAAACACUGGGGGGAGUCAUGGGGGACUUUGAGAGGAAGACAGCAAAGCGAAUACUGGAGUGGGUGAAGCAGAAAGCUGAAGAGGUGCUAGAGGGACGAGAUAAACGUGAAGCUCUGCGAGUGUGUCAGUGGCUCUAUGAGACUCAGAAUAAGAAAUUAAUUAGAGAUGCCAUUGGGAAGGAUUUAAAGAUGGACUUUAUUAGGAUGACUUUAUCUCCACUGGACUGUGCUGUGCUGGGCUCUGUCAUCAGCUGCUGUGGAGAACUUGAGGAGCUCGACCUGUCAGAGACACCACUGACCUUAGAGUGCAUCAGGAGACUGGCGCCGGGGCUCAUCUGCUGCAGAUGUGUCAACCUGUUUCGUUGUCGUCUCACCUCCACAUGUUGCUCAGCUCUCUCCUCAGCUCUUUCUUCUCCACACUCACGACUGACUGAACUGAACCUGAGCAACAACAAGAACAUGGAGAACUCAGGAGUGGAUCAGCUGUAUGAGGGGCUGAGGAUUGAAAACUGCAAAUUAGAGAAACUGAACCUGACAUGGUGUCAUCUCACCUCCAGAUGUUGCUCAGCUCUCUCCUCAGCUCUUUCUUCUCCAAACUCACGAAUGACUGAACUGGACCUGAGCGGCAACAACAUGGAGGGUUCAGGAGUGGAUCAGCUGUGUGAGGGGCUGAGGAGUGAAAACUGCAAAUUAGAGAAACUGAACCUGACUUAUUGUUGUCUCACCUCCAGAUGUUUCUCAGCUCUCUCCUCAGCUCUUUCUGCUCCACACUCACGACUGACUGAACUGAACCUGAGAGACAACAACAUGGAGGAUUCAGGAGUGGAUCAGCUGUGUGAGGGGCUGAGGAGUGAAAACUGCAAAUUAGAGAAACUGAAGCUGUCUGGUAAUGAGAUCAGUAAGAGUGAGAAGAAGAACCUGAGGUCACUACAGGAGGAGCUGAACAGGACUGGACGGCAGGUGAAUAUCCACAUAUGAGAAGACUGGACAUGUUGAUCAACUGACCCCAGUGACGGUGCUCCCUGUCCACUCCCUCUAAAUUCUCCUCUUUAUUCUUUUAUAAUCUCCUCAGCUCUCCUCCACAUUUAAUAAACUCUCCAUGUCUUCUUCUCAGCUUGUGUGCUUCCUCUUUAAACUCACUUGUGUGCUUCCUCUUUAAACUCACUUUUGUUUCUCCACUCUGUCACCCUGAACUUGUCACUAAACUCCACAGGUUCAGACCAGAGACCCCUGAGUUUCACCUGCCAGAGGACCACAGUGAGAAUUGUCAUCUGAAACCAGCGGGGGUCACAAAGUCUACUGAGGGGAGCAGCAGGAGUAAACACGGGUGGACAGUCCAGUUGGUGGGUAAUGGAGAGUGAGGCCAAUCCUGGCAUUGGUGACAAUUUCUGGACAGGCACCGGGCCGUCACAGGUCAAGCUGGUGGUCCUCUGAGCAGAAACCUCAUAAACCUGCUGCUCCUCAACAUCGUGUGGUGUUGCUUGAACCCAUGUCUGCUCCACUCCUUGUUCACUGCCUCAUUUGCACACAAUUCAUGUCAUCUUCUGUUUGUGACUGAACAGACUCUACCAUGUGCGGGUUUGUACUUCUGUGACACUUCAACACACACAAGGCUCAGGUCUCUUUGUCUUCUUUAUCAUUUCCUAAUUGUCACCUCACUGUCACCUCCACUCAUGUCCUCUUUAGAGAGCAGUGGCCUGAACAAGUGAGCCAUUUAAAAAGAAAUGAGAGCAAAAAGACAAGACAAGGAGAACUCAGGCCUGC